AACCCAAAACGGGCAAAAACCCUAACAAAACUGUGAGCCUCUCUUAUCCACACGCACAAUUGCAUUUCUACUCUCUAACAAAGCCACGACCUUGAAGCUCUGAAAAUGGCGUCGGCCAACGCUCUUACUUCAGCUGCCAUUCUCUGCUCGCCCAGUCAGAGUUUGAGGAGGAGGGUGAAUCAGCAGCAAAAUAAUAGGGUGAAUUACAAGCAAUCAAGGGGCCGAUUUGUUGUGAAGGCCGCUGCAAAAGAUAUAGCUUUUGACCAGAACUCAAGGCGUGCGCUACAGGCCGGAAUUGAUAAGCUUGCUGAUGCAGUUGGCCUUACUCUUGGCCCUAGGGGGAGGAACGUUGUCUUGGACGAAUAUGGAAGUCCAAAAGUGGUGAAUGAUGGAGUAACAAUUGCUAGAGCAAUUGAGCUUCCUGAUGCUAUGGAAAAUGCUGGUGCAGCUCUCAUAAGGGAGGUUGCUAGCAAAACGAACGACUCAGCUGGUGAUGGAACAACAACAGCAUCAAUUCUUGCUCGGGAGAUAAUCAAGCUUGGACUUUUGAGUGUCACCUCUGGUGCAAAUCCUGUUUCAAUAAAGAAGGGGAUUGAUAAAACUGUACACGGUCUGAUAGAGGAGCUAGAGAAUAAAUCUAGGCCUGUUAAGGGUCGUGAUGAUGUUAAAGCUGUUGCUUCUAUUUCUGCUGGGAACGAUGAGUAUAUUGGGACAAUGAUUGCUGAUGCCAUCGACAAGGUGGGACCUGAUGGUGUCCUAUCCAUUGAGUCAUCAUCCUCAUUUGAGACAACCGUCGAAGUGGAAGAAGGAAUGGAGAUUGACAGAGGAUAUAUCUCCCCUCAAUUCGUUACGAACCCUGAGAAAUUGAUUGUUGAAUUUGAGAAUGCAAGAGUUUUGAUUACCGACCAGAAAAUUACAGCUAUCAAGGACAUAAUUCCCCUUUUGGAGAAGACCACUCAGUUGAGAGCCCCUCUGCUUAUAGUUGCUGAGGAUGUCUCUGGGGAGGCUUUGGCGACUCUUGUUGUGAACAAGUUGAGGGGCAUAAUUAAUGUUGCUGCCAUCAAAGCUCCUGGUUUUGGUGAACGGAGAAAGGCUCUCCUCCAAGAUAUCGCCAUUUUAACAGGAGCUGAGUUUCAAGCCAAUGAUCUGGGUCUACUGGUGGAGAACACCUCAGUUGAGCAGCUUGGUUUGGCCCGAAAGGUGACAAUCUCAAAGGACUCCACUACCAUAAUUGCUGAUGCAGCUUCAAAAGAUGAGUUGCAAGCUAGGAUUGCACAGCUGAAGAAGGAGUUAUCUGAGACAGAUUCCGUUUAUGACUCGGAAAAAUUGGCUGAGCGGAUUGCUAAAUUAUCAGGUGGAGUUGCUGUUAUAAAGGUGGGAGCUGCUACAGAGACCGAACUUGAGGACCGUAAGCUUCGUAUUGAGGAUGCCAAGAAUGCCACUUUUGCUGCCAUAGAGGAAGGUAUUGUGCCUGGUGGUGGUGCCGCCUUGGUGCAUCUGUCAACAUAUGUCCCUGCACUCAAGCAAAAACUUGUAGAUGCAGAUGAGCAGCUAGGUGCUGACAUUGUGCAGAAGGCACUCGUAUCACCAGCAGCAUUAAUAGCUCAAAAUGCUGGAAUUGAAGGUGAAGUGGUUGUGGAGAAAAUAAAGGAUAGUGAAUGGGAGGUUGGUUACAACGCAAUGACAGACAAGUACGAGAACUUGGUGGAAGCCGGUGUUAUUGACCCAGCAAAGGUAACAAGAUGUGCUUUACAGAAUGCAGCUUCGGUUGCCGGAAUGGUGUUGACCACUCAAGCCAUCGUGGUGGAAAAGCCUAAGCCCAAGUCACCUGCGGCUGCUGCUGCACAAGGUCUUACUGUGUAACAUGUAGAAUUUUUAGAUUGACAGAAUUUUGGUAGGGUGGUUGAUGGGGUGCAUUCAGGUCGAAGGCGUUUGUUAAAACUUCUGUUAUCACUAUGAAUGUGCCUUGUGCCUUUUGUACGGAUUGACAAACAGUAAUUUUUUUUUUUCCCUACAUAAAAGUAAUCUGGAGGCAUGUCAUAUCAUGGGGGUUUUGAAUA